AUGGCAGAGGUGCUUCGUUCACUGGCAUUCCCGCAAAUGCUAGAUCGGAGGGACAAUAUUGAGCCGUGUCAUACGAACACCUGCCAUUGGAUUCUGGAGCUGGAAAAGUACAAGUCCUGGAGGAGCCAGUCCUGCGGUCUGCUGUGGAUUAAGGGCAAACCGGGAGCGGGGAAAUCAACAUUGAUGGCUUUCCUCCACGAUAGACUGAAGACGUUGCGAGACGAAAGUCAGGGCAUUCGGCUCGACUUUUUUUUUACCGCUCGGGGCACAGAGAUGCAACGCACACCACUAGGGAUGUUCAGAUCAUUGCUGAACCAGAUUUUUGAACGCGAUACGACCGUGCGCUCUCAGGUGCGCAGGACCUAUGAACAACGGUGUAGGCAGUUCGGAUUUGGUGAACUUAAAUGGGAAUGGCCGCGAUCGGUGCUAGAAGAGCUACUAACAGGUGCCAUCCUGGAAUCGGCUAUUCGGCAGCCUGUGAAUAUUUUUGUGGAUGCUCUAGAUGAGGCUGGGGCUGAGUCUGCUCAGCAGCUAGCAACAUACUUUCAUCGGCUGAUUGAUCGCGCGGCAACAAAGAAUUCAGCCGUUCAAAUUUGCAUCUCAUGUCGACACUAUCCUAUCAUAGGAAAUGCUCAGGCUAUAGAGAUAUGUGUCGAAGAUCACAAUCAUAAAGACAUUGCCGCAUACAUCAAUGACACCCUUGCUGACACGGAGCUCGAUGAUGAUCCUAGUCAGGGGAAGAGAGAGUUACUAAGGCAAUUAUUCCAGCAAGCCAAUAUGGUGUUCCAAUGGGCUCAUCUCAUGAUGCCUCUAGUCAAAAGGAAGAUGCUAGAAGGAGAGUCGUUCGAUGACAUUCGUCGCUGGCUACGCGAAAUCCCAACCGGAUUAGAAGACGUCUAUACCUACAUUUUGAGCAAAGUGAUAGAGGUCGCCAACCGGGAGCAAUCAUUUCUACUGUUUCAAUGGAUAUGCCUCGCCGAACGACCCCUUACUGUGACAGAAAUGCGGUAUGCCUUGACGGCUAGUAAUGCUAGAGUUAUCACUGGCGCCCCAAGAAGAUUGGAGAAUUUCGACGGUUUUGUUGAAAGCAACGAACGCAUGAAGCGAAGAAUCAAGACCCUCUCGGGUGGACUGACUGAGGUAGUCCUGAAUGGACAAUCAGAUGAGACCGUACAGGUGGUACACCAGUCGGUCAACGAUUUCUUGCGCGCCAAAGGACUACGGCUUUUACACCCUCAUCUUCCCGGUACCACGUCAUUGACGGACGGCGACAAGAUUCUUUUUCAAUGCCAGGCAACUCUAUACCGAUCAUGCAUGGUUUAUUUAGCAACAGCAGACUUGCCACAAAUGGUUCAAACCGGUCGUUCAAAGAGGAAAAAGAAAAUAAUCCGGAACCUCCCAUUCCUUGAAUACGCCACUGUCAACCUCUUCAUACAUGCAGAAAAAGCCGCUGGCUCUCGAGCGGAUGCAGUGCAGAACGAAUUAGUUAUGCUACAGCGAGUGAUACGUGGAUGGAUUCAGAGUUACCACGUCGUGGCUCGAUAUGACAUAGCAUGUCCAGCUUUUAACGGCACGACUCUCUUACAUAUCGCUGCAGCUACCAAUCUCGUUGAUCUCAUAGACUCCAUGUUAUCCAACGGUGAAUCCAACGGUGAAGAUUUAUCGAGAGAAGACGAGAAUGGAAGGACGGCAUUUCAUUUAGCAGCACGGUGGGGUCAUAUACCAGCGGGCAAAAUACUCCUGGAGAAAGGAGCAGACUGCGAGGCCAGAUACGGAAAUGGCAUAACCCCGUUAGUCGAGGCGGCAAGCCGUGGUAAUGUGCGAUUCCUUGAGUGGCUUCUGCAUGAGGGAGCGAGCCUCGAAAGCACAAUGAAUAAAGCGGCAGGCGCCCUGCAAGUAGCUGCGGUGAGAGGUCAGCAGAGCGUGGUCAAAUUGUUGAUUGGAGCUGGAGCAAAGGUCAAUGCAAAAGGUGGUGAAUUCGGGAAUGCCCUCCAGGCCGCUGCAUAUGAAGGAUCCACUGAAAUAGUUCAGAUGUUACUUGACGCCCAGGCGGACGUCAAUGCUCAGGGUGGUAUAUAUCACAAUGCCCUCCAGGCCGCUACAUGUGAAGGAUCCACUGAAAUAGUUCUGAUGUUACUUGACGCUCAGGCCGACGUCAAUGCUCAGGGCGGUCCAUAUGGCAAUGCACUCCAGGCCGCUGCAUAUAGAGGAUCCACUGAGAUAGUGCGAGCUCUACUUGAUGCUCAAGCGGACGUCAAUGCUCGAGGUGGUGAGUAUGGCAAUGCACUCCAGGCCGCUGCAUAUAGAGGAUCCACUGAGAUAGUGCGAGCUCUACUUGAUGCUCAAGCGGACGUCAAUGCUCGAGGUGGUGAGUAUGGCAGUGCUCUCCAGGCCGCUGCCGCUUCGUCCCAAAAAGAGCCAUAUAUAGUUCAGAUGCUACUUGACGCUGAGGCCAACGUUAAUGCCCAGGGUGGCAAAUAUGGCAAUGCUCUCCAAGCUGCUGUAUAUCAUAGAUCCACUGAGAUAGUGCGAAUGCUACUUGACGCUCGGGUUGACGUCAAUGCCCGCGGUGGACUGUAUGGAUCAGGGAUUUCGGCGGCAAUUUACACACACCAUCUUGAUAUGGUCCAGAAUCUACUCAACGCUGGCGCAGAUGUAUCGCUUGCAGAUGAACUCGGUCAGACCCCUUUACAUGUUGCGUCGUUCAUGAAUCAGCUCAACAUACUCAAUCGAUUUCCACUGCUUGCCUCGACUGUCAACGUCCGGGAUAAGCUAUCACGAACCCCUCUCCAUUUAGCUGUCCACCUCGGGCACAAUGAAUUAGCUUUGAGGCUUCUCGAUCUUGGUGCCGAUCCUAACAUCCUGGAUGGCUAUGGCAGAAACAUUUUGGACUGGGCACAAGGAAACCACAGACUGACGCAACAAAUCCGCUACCAUUUCCCUCAGACAAUCCUCACCCCUGCUGAAACACAAAACAUGAGUCUCCGUCGAUCAGUCUCUCAAACAGCAGGUCUUCUUCUCCAUUCUAGACUAUACUCUCCAGGGCCUCUUUUGCGGCAACUAGGUCGCUUUCUCUUGUUUCUCGGCGAAUCGAGCAAUGCGCGCUAUCUUUUCCAGCUACAUGUGCUCCGGAUAUCACGUUCUCCGACUGACAUAUGGGAGAUUCAAUGUGAUAUUUGUAGAAACGCCAUCUAUGGCUCUCACUUUGUGUGCAAAACCUGUGCUCAUGUUGACCUUUGCCGGGCCUGUGAGCCUGUAUUGCUUCCAAAUCAACGGCAUCAAACAUUCGAAGUGCCUGAUGUGUCUGAAGAUGAGCUGGAGCCCACUGGAAUUUUAUCAGAACACUUCCGUUCCCUUUUGAGGGAUCUCGUAAGCGAAUACUCUGCACCAAACAGCCAUACAAUGGAGAAGGAAUCAUCGCAUGACUCGGGUUCUUGUCCGCCGCUAAAAAGGACAAGGCUUGUCUGA